AUGCAGAUGAGCAUCAGAGGAGGGCACCUGAUAUAUUCUCUUCUGGACUCCAUGUAUGCAUUGCAGAGGAGAGCCUCAGAUCUUCUAGAAAGGAGAACAGCAGCCAGAAUUCUGCUGAGGCUCCUGCAGCCACCUGUCUGCCCAGUGGUUCAGAGUGCAGAAGCAGAAACCAGGUGGAUGGUCUCAAUCAAGAAUUUUCUGGAGACAGGAGUUUCGGUCAGUGCACCCCAGGACUCCUGCAAGCAGUGGCCCAUCCACCUAGCUGCAGGAGGUGGCCUUGCUUACUUCCUUCUCUGGUGGCUGCCAACAGGUGCUGACCUCAACCAACAGGUAACUAGGUAACUGAUUGGGGGAACUCCAAUUCACAAGGAAGCAAAAGUUGGAAGCCUGGAAUGUCUUAGCCUUCUUACAGCUAGUGAUGCCCCAACUGAAUAGUAUUUUUAAAACUAAAAAACAGCUGAAGAUCUUGCAUGGGUAUGGUUUCCAGAAUGUGACAAGUUUCUCACAAUGAUAAAAUGUAUGCAGAAAGCAAAAGAUGUCAAGUUGGGUCUGAAGAGGUUUGGAGAAUGGCUUCAGUCCAAGUAA